CUCCCUCCUCCCUGCUCGGCCUCAUCGCGGAGCUGCGAUGAGGAUUUGAAGGCUCGGAGCUCCGCGGGCGGCUCGGCGUCACCUCAGCGCCGCUUUGGAGUCACUGGAUCGGACCGGCCGCUCACCGACCCGCCGCUCGGUCUGCUGGAGCCGGAGGCCCGGAGCAGGACCGCGUGUGUCCGCGGAGGGACCCCGCUCCUGCUCGGGCUUGCGCUGGGAGGCUCGCGGACGGGAUUCGGAAUCCGGGACCGGGACCGGGACUUGGAUGCGUGUUUGGCCCCGCGGGAGGCAGCGGGAGUCCGCGAGGAGAGCCGGGGCCGAUGGCGCAACGGUAUGAAGAGCUCGCCCACUACGGGCUGGAGGUGGUGGGUGGGGUGUAUGGAGACCCUCCCCACCACCACCCUCACGCUGCUGCAGCUGCACGUUCCCUGCAAGCGGUUCACCUGGCCGCCGCCGCCACCUACCCUCCACACCAGUACGCCCAGUCCACUCACAGCAGUGGCGGCAACAUGGCCACCACAGCCGGGGACGCCGUCAAGAGGGACAAAGACGCUAUUUACGGACAUCCUUUAUUCCCGCUGCUCGCACUCAUCUUUGAGAAAUGUGAACUGGCAACCUGCACGCCGAGGGAGAGCGCCGUGGCCGGGGGAGACGUCUGCUCCUCCGACUCCUUCAGCGAGGACAUCGCCGUCUUCUCCAAACAGAUCCGCUCGGAGAAGCCGCUGUUUUCAUCCAACCCAGAGCUCGAUAACUUGAUGAUUCAGGCGAUCCAGGUGCUGCGUUUCCACCUCCUGGAGCUGGAGAAGGUUCACGAGCUCUGCGAUAACUUCUGCCAUCGAUACAUCAGCUGUCUGAAAGGCAAAAUGCCGAUCGACCUGAUUAUAGACGACAGAGACGGGAACAAGUCAGAUGGCGAGGAUUUUGUCAGGUCGUCGGCGAACCUCGUGGAUCGGGUUUCAUGGAGCAGAGAUCACGACAACUCUGCGUCAAUCAGGUCGACCGGGACGCCGGGACCAGCCAGCGGAGGACAUGCGUCCCAUAGCGACGACAACAGCAGCGAGCCAGGUGACUGCCUGGAUAACGGUGUGGCGUCUCCCAGCACGGGUGAUGAAGACGACCCCGACAGGGACAAGUCGCACAACAAGAAGAGAGGAAUCUUCCCCAAAGUGGCCACCAACAUCCUGAGAGCCUGGCUGUUCCAGCACCUGACGCACCCGUACCCGUCGGAGGAGCAGAAGAAGCAGCUGGCCCAGGACACCGGCCUCACCAUCCUGCAGGUCAACAACUGGUUCAUCAACGCGAGGCGGCGGAUUGUUCAGCCCAUGAUCGAUCAAUCCAACAGAGCAGUGAGCCAAGCACCGCCGUAUGGCCCAGAUGGCCAGCCAAUGGGAAGCUUCACGGUGGACGGUCAGACGCCCAUGGGAAUCAGACCGCCUGGUCCGAUGGGUGGUGUAGGGAUGGGGAUGGGCGUGGAGGGACAGUGGCACUACAUGUAGCACCACCGCCUGCACCCUGCAGCCAGAGGAGCCGCCCGGCGUAGCAGGAAACCACCGUUCCUGAGGCUACGUCGGGCCUUCCUCCUGAUCUCGACCCUCUGUGUUUCCUCUGCAGGACUCUGAUCAGGUCUGCAGACCUCCAUAGCGUGGAGCGGGACCCCACGCCUCUUCACCCCCGCCCAUCAGCUCUCCGCCCUGUGGGCGUGGCCUGAUGAGGAAACACCUGAGCUUGCCUCUGUUCUCGGCGGGCCUUCUCAGAGCGCUCCACGGACUAAAAAGAGAAACGUGAGGACAGACGGCGAUCGUAAAGGCAAAGACGAACGCCGUCCACCGCGCGUUUCUGGAUUUGAUCACUUCCUGUGAUGUAACCGCCCAGAACGGACAGAUCUGCAGCUUGCUAAUGGACUCCUGAAGCCAUUUGCUCUGCAGACAGAGCGAACCUGUGACGUGGACGGACAGUUUUGGACCGUAGACCCCCUCAGACCUCCCACUCCGUAAAUAAAACUGAUUCUGUGGA